AGUACGCAUGUGAAACCAUUCUAAUGUUUACAUGUUUCUGCUAGAUCUUCGGCGUAGUGUCAAUGCAACGAAAACAGUCAAGGAAAGUUUGUAAAAUAAAGCAAGACUAAUUUUCGCCACAGAUUCAACCAUGAAUGCCUUUCUGUUAGAGUGUAGUGCUGUUACAUGAUGUAAAUAACAGCAUUUAUCUUAUGGCAUAGAAUUAAUAAUAGAUUCAAGAUAGAUUUAGACUUCUAGUCUUUUGAUUAUCUAGAAAGUGUGGUUCUCAGCUUUAGAAUCAACAAAGAAUUGCUUUGCUUUGGUUUGCACGGGAUAGGCUAAAUCUAGCCUACUCGACAAAUAUAAUCUAGAAUCUACUCGUCUGUGCAGUUAUGUCUACCAGCUGACCAACACUGCUCUAGGCCCAAGAUCAAGUCAAGAAAAAGGUCACUAGAUCUAGUCUGAUCUAGCAAAACGAGCGAGUGCGAGUUUAAUCAGGUGUUCAUAAUGUCUCACAGGCGGUCCGAUGAUUUGAACCUGAGCUUGACAGGGUCUCAGAUUUCUGCAAUAUCUUCUCGACCAGCGUCUGGCCGUCCCAACUCCGCUCAACAAACUAAACGAGCAAACUCUCUUGUUGAUGUAAGACAAAAAAAUACUUCAAGCAAAAAAGUUGAAAAUGCAAAAUCCUCAGAUGCAGGCCGAAAAGUGGCUCCUCCCAAAGCAGACAACAGUGCACCUGCCAGUCAUCGGAGUACUGCGAGUUCAAGAGUCAGUGUAACAAGUGGAAGACGACUAGCAAAUGGCGUGGCAUCAGGGCGUAAGAUGGAGGAAGAGGAUUUCCUGGCAUUUUUUGAGAAUGCAAAUCCUCCCAAGAUUAAAAAACCCUCCUCCUCUGCCAGUGCUCCAACACAUUCCAAGAAACCUUCUACAAAUGCUGUAAAAGUGUUGUGGAAGGGCACGGAUACUAAAACAAAGAACCGUAAACCUGCCUGGGCUAGCAAACCUGGACAAGAGACAGGUUCAGCUCGAUCAGACACACCUCAUAACAUCUUCAGACCUGAAUCUGCUCGUAGUAGCGAUGAUGAUGUAGACAGCCAGGCGAGGCUUAUGGAAGACUUUGACAACUCUCUGUCUCAGUCCAUCAACAAGCUGCACAGUCUCCAGACCCAACUGUCUGGGGUGAACAGAGAGAACAGAGAGAGCGCUGUCAAUGCAGAGGUGCCUUCUGCAGUCAACUCACAUAGAUCUGUUUCAACAGUGGAUGGAGACGGUUUACAUGGUGGGGGAGCUGUGGGUGGUUCUCGGGUAGGUUCUAUUGAUGACUUCAUACAAGGCAUCAUAGACAACACGCCCACACCCACGCCCUCACACUGGGCUAGUGCUCGACAAGAUAUAACUUCUCCAACUUCAACUGUAACGGAUCGAUCUCCCAGAGGAGAAGAUGAUCAGAAGUCUGUUGCGAACAACAUGUCCACUCGAGGACAGAGCAAUCAGAAGGCAAAAGCCUCACUCUCCACGAUGGAGAAUUCAUAUCAGAACAUCAAGCACAAGACUCCGGUGAACCAGGUGAAAUCCUCUGCCUCUGGUUCCUUGAGUAGUCCGGCUGAUAGGAAGAGCACAUGGUCAAAUGGGAGUGGUCAGAACAAAAAACCUCUUUCAUCUACGACUGGCGCCAGCGACAAGCUGUCGGAGCAGAAAGUGCUGGCAGACUGCAUGAACAAGCUGACCAGUUCAGCUAUACAAAUCCAGAGGUGGUACCGUCGACAUCGUAAGCGAAGAAUGGUCGGAGAGGCUGCAAUGAGGAGACUGUUGGCCCAGAAGAAAGAGGAGCAUGAAACCCGACAAGUCCAGGAGUUAUCCCAGUCAGUCACUGCUGCAGAGCUUCAGGAGAAGAAGAUGGAGGAAAGGAGGAGACUGAGGGAGGAGAAGGCUAGAGAGGCACGGCAGCAGGCUAUCAAGGAUCUACAAAAGAAAAGAGAAGAACGCAAAAACGAGGUGAAAAAGGUAGCAGAAGAGGAAAUAUCGUUUCUUCAAGCUAAUGGCAAAAUCAAAAAGACCCCGUCAGGAGGCAACCUAGGAGCUAGGAAGAAAACGCCUUCGGGAAGGAAAGAGAAGCCUUCUAAUGGUGUUGGAAGGGUUCCCGGUCAGGGGACUGGUGGAGAUGAGAGCAGCCAGGGUACUCCUGUGCUGGUUGACCAAGAGCAAGACUCUCCUCGGACGCCAGUGCCAUCAGCCGAGGAAGGAGGAAGAGAGAGAGAGACGAGUGUUGUGGGCACAGAGACGAACCACACAGCAACCACCCUUGAGGACCUUUACAGCACGCUGAAGAAGCUGGAAGAAGAGGAGAACUUCCUGACUGCUCGUUCCGAGAGGAAAAAACACUCAUGGUUGGAUGAACUGGAGAAAGGCGCUGAAGCAGGCUUGGGCUCCAAUUUGACAGCUGAAAAUUUGGAAAAACUCAACUCCAGCAAAGAUGGACUGGCCAAGAGUGGAUCCCUAACGCAGGACAAGCUUCAGAGCAUUAUUAGCUUCUUGGAUGAGGUCCAAGUCUCAGAUCGCCUCAGCGAAAUUGACACGGAGAUCAGUCGCAUGAAUGAAGAACUGGAGAAACCUGCCCUCCUGCUGCCGUCAGCGGAGGAAGUGGCCCAGCUGGAGCAAGCCCAGGCAGCAGCGAGUGAAGUGACCAACACCGUCCUGUCGCAGCGGCUGGAGCUGGAUGAAAAGAAGCGCACUGUGGGCAUGUUGCAGAAGGCACUGAAUCAACAAAGAGAGCUGACAGUGAGGCAUGCAAGAGAGACAGAAAAAGAAAUGAAGAAACGCUUGGACUUGCAAAAAGAUGAAUAUGAGGAGGCAAUCAAACGACAUUUGUCUUUCAUAGAUCAGUUGAUUGAUGACAAGAAGAACCUUGGAGAGAAAUGCGAGAAGCUAGUGACGGAACUGAAGACAGUCGACAAAAAAUACCAAGAGAAAAUGAAGACCAUUGAGGACAACCACACUGUGGAAAUAACCAAACUGAAAGAAGUACACUCUGCGGCUGAAAAACUGCGCAGAGAGAAGUGGAUUGAGGAUAAAACAAAAAAAAUAAAGGAGAUGACGGUGAAAGGGCUUGAGCCGGAGAUUCAGCGCUUGAUAGGGAAGCACAAAGCUGAUGUGAAGAAGAUGAGACAGAUUCAUGAAGCUGAGCUCCUGGAGGCGGAUGAGCGAGCUGCCCAGAAAUAUGUCAAGAUGACGGAAGAGCUGCGUGAUCAACUGGCGCAGGAGAAAGAGGCUGCGUGCGCUCGAGAAAGAGAAUCUGCCAAGCAAAGGUAUGAAAAGCAGCUCCAGCAAGAAGAAGAGGCUUACCAACAGCAGCGCAGACGACUUUAUCAGGAAGUACAGGAGGAGAAGGAUAGAGUGGCUACCACGUCGUCACGGCAACGUGGUGAGCUGGAAAAGCUGCAGCGACAGUUAGAGGACAACCAUCGGCAUGCUCUCGAGUCUAUGAGGGAAGAGCUGGACAAAGCCCGAGAGGAGCAAGAGCGCAGGCAUAAGACGGAGAUCAAAGACCUGCAGGAAAAGCUGAAGUUGGAGAAGGAGUCUUGGGAGGAGAACUACAUGAAGCGACAUGAGACCUGGCUGGUGCAGAAGGAACGUGAACUCAAGGACAAGAUCAAAAAGGAUCGUGACAAGGAGAUUGAGUUAGUGAUAGAAAGAUUGGAAGAGGAUGCUUCCAGUAUGCGGGAAGAGACAGAGAGAACCACAGAACAGAAAGUCAGGCGCUUGAGGGAGAAGUAUGAAAAGGAAACAUCUGAGCUGGAACAGUCUGAGAGGAAAGCUGUGCAGAGGCUCAAUGAAAUAAAGGCUAAAAUGACAGAAGUAGAAGGUGAGAAUGAAAGACUGAAAGUUAUCGUUCGACAAAAAGACCAAGAAAUACUGGAUAACAAAAAGCUAUUAGAAAAGAUGAAUUCUGAACGCAGCCAUGUGUCAGACAUAAUCCGGCAGGAGUUUGCGGACAGAAUCGUAGCAACAGAUGAAGAGAACAAACGCAUCAAACAUGAGAUCUCCGAGGUUCGGGCCCGGCAUCGUCUGGAGCUGGAACGAGCACAAGGAGACAUGGAGGAGUUGAGGAAAACCAAAGAUGAGGAGAUGGAGGAAGUGCACAAAAGGGUGAAGCAGGCAAUCGUGAAGAAGGAGGAGGUGGUGUCACAGCUCCGCCAGCAGUACCAGGCUGCCACAAAGCGUGCCGACCAUUUGGAAGGACUUUUGGAGCAGCAGAGGAAACAGCUGCUAGGGAAGAAGUAGUCUUAUGAAAUUUGUGUGACUGUUAGUUUGGAGAAUGUAUCCUUCUUUCUAAGACUGUGUUGUUCAAGAUUGGUUACACAGCUUUUUUAUAGACAAAAUAUUAUCUGCACUAGGGUUUCUGAAUGUAGAAUACAAAUGUCCUUACUUGAAAUAUGCAUCAAAACUAGAGCACCGCACAGAUUUUUCAAGAACAGAAAUUGUAGUUUAAUCAGUUGUUGAAUUGUGUCUGCAGACACCAUUUUAAUUAAAUAUUUAAGUUUAUUACUCUACUCUGUCUUUUGGAGGGCACAGUAAACAUCCAUUAACAUGUGCUCACUUCCCCUUUGUCAAAAGAACAAAUUUCAUUACAUUGGGUCCAGUCCUUUGCCUCGUUGAUUUUGGCCUUGUGUCCUCUUAGUCAAGCGGUUGAAAACAUUGGUAGCAGCUUGUCAUCAAUUGCUUCACUGACCUCCACACGUGAAGCUUAAAGUGAGAAUGACCAUUUUGUUGAUCUUUGUUGAAAAUUUAACAUAAUAACAUUGUAUGAUAUGUAGAUUUAAUGAUGUCAGAAUAAUCUUGAUCUGUUUCUGUGUUCGUGUGAAACUGUGCUGGUUGGAACCGAGUCUUUAUGGUUUCUGUCAGUAUGUAGCUCACAUCCAUUUUAGACAUUCACAUGAGUUUUGUUUAUGGAGUUGGUUGUUAAUUACGUUACCAUAUGUUGAUGUCAUCCUGCAAUGAUUUGGAGAGUUCUUUUAAACAAUAAAUUAUUUCAGUCAGAAUGGGUUGCAACUCCCUCUCCUGGUCAUUUAUCCCUCAUGCCUGCACACUCUUGAAAGUGAUGGAAGCACCAUGGCUGUGGCAUGGUGCAGGUUUGUCACCUUGUUCAACACAAAAAAAGACAGCAAGUUGAAUUUUGGUGUGCUUUUUGUGCAAAACAGUUUUCGAUUAAGAUGUUCUCAAAGACUAAAGUGAACGCACAGCAUACUUCGUGGAGUAGAAUGUGAAAAGGACGAGGCUAUAAAUGUAGUGUUAACAAACAUAUGGGACCAAAUUACAUUCAGGAAUAGAUCAUGUAUUUUCCCUUCCUGUUUCCUCUUCCACCAACUUGUUUCUGCUGUAAGGAACUUUUUUCCUUUAAUGUUUCAUAGAGUAAACAAAGAUAAAAUAGAGUCCUGUGAAUGGUGACAGACCAGUAACCAGACCUUUGGUGCUGAAAACAGUGACUUUUAUUUCUGAGAUGCAACCAAGCACUGGCUUUUCCUUCUCUUGUUUGAUUUUCUGUAUAAUGAUGGAAGCUGCCUUGUUUAUGGAGUUGACCCCUGAGGUUAUGAGUAUAUCUGCAUCUGUUGAUCUCUCAAACUAUAUUUCUUUGUGUAAAUUAUCUUGUUGGUUUCGCUCUAAUGUCUGAAUGUUUGUGGAUUGUGUGGAUUGUGGAUGUUGAGUAUUCUGCUUGCUGAUUUCUGUAUUAUAAAUCAAGCAUUCACCUUUCUUGUGGAAGUGCAAGUUUUAUAUGACAUCUCGAUCCAUGAUUAGGACCCAAGUGCUGUACCUCAGAAAUAAAUUUUUACGAUGUCGUCUUGGGCUUUGGACUCAAAAGGAAAAUGGGGAAUCAAAUACAAAACUGUUUUUACCCUAUAACAAUAAUUAUGAUACUAAUUUCUUUUCUUUAAUUGUGGGGUUAGAAACCAGGGACAAGUCAGUGCCAAUCCAAACGAGGACUUGUGUGUUGCUAAGAUCUGUUACUGAAUGCUGCAAUUUUGUUUGGUUUUUGGUUACUAAAUUACUUGUAUAUGAAUAUGUGUGUGUGCCUGGUGAAAGGGACCACAUGUCGCAUUUUCUCAAACCGAGAUAUCAGGCUUCAAAGGUCAAAAAUAUAAUUUUUGACAAAAACUAAGUUCCAUUAAAAAUGGAUUCUUCAGCCAUUUAUUUAUUGAUAUUUACAAGGAUUUGGGUUAUUUUGACUUUAAAAUACAUUUUAAAAGGUGUUUUUUAACCCGAGGUAUAUUGCAUAAUCCCAAAAAAUGCGUGAGGAAACUGGCUUUCAGGGUAAACACUGCGGAUGGUUUCUCUUGUCCAUUCAUAAAGUCGACCCAAUCACAUUGCAUACUAAAAUUUAGGUCAUUCUCUCUGCUCUCCGAUGGCAGGUAGUGCGCAUGAAUAUCUAGAACAUGUAAACAAAGCGAAACUUUGCGCAUCCAUACCCUUUUGUUUCUUUGGAGAACAAACUUGUAUCGCCUAUUUCUGCCCUGUGCAAACCGUAUUUCUUGAAAUUCCUGUUCAAUGUGGUGGUGAAUUUGUUUUGAAGACGUAAUACAAACACUUUGAAGCUGUUCUUUUAUUGUAGAGCUGCUUUUUAAAGUUAGUUUGUGAGAAGCGACUGUGUUGUCAGGUCGUCUCGAAGCACAACAACACGGCGGAGCUGCCAGCUGUUACUACUACCGGUACUGUUAGAAGUAGAUCUAGUACUAGAUCCAGAUCUAGUACUGCUAUUCGUGAGCAGGAAAUUGUGUCUCUUUUCAAUUCUCUUAGACGCAUUGGAAUGUCAGAAUGGCAACUGAAGAAGACAUUAGAGAUGUAAUAUGCGAUUAUUUCAUUUCUGACGUCGAUUUGGGAGAAGAGGAAGAAGAUAAGUUCGAUCUGUGGUGCCAUCGCCAGUUCCAGACCCCGCACUUGAAGCAGAACCGAGGGAAGCAAGUAAAGAUUAACAACAACAAAAACAACAGUGAUAAUAGAAAUAGAUUUAGAUUUAGCAAACUAAUAAUUAUUUAUUAUAAUGAUAAUUAAUAGUAAUAAUUAUCAUUACGCUGUUCUUUCUUGAUAAACCUAGAUCUAGUUCUAGUUUAGAUCUAGCUUACUCAUAGUAGUGCAUUUUUGUUUUCUUCAUUCUAAAUGUAUGCAGAACAAAAUUUCAUUUAUUCCUGGGAGAGUCUGGGUUCUAAGAUCUGGAUAUGUGGCAAUCUUGUUAAGUGGGUAAGGAACAAAAAGUUUUCCUUUGACCCUGAUGAUUGAUAGUGUUAAGUUCCCUAGUUACUAUGGUGAAGAUACUUUUUUUGCCUGUGUGUGUUGCAGGAGAUGAAGGGGGAGGGAGGGGCGGGGUAUCAAGUGUUUAAACAAAACAAUAAUAAUUAUGAACACGAUUUAACAUUUUAUUUCAGCAACAGCAAAACCUUUUCACUAGAAUGGUGACUUGUUAUGAAAAAAAGGUGUUCUGUUUUUGUUUUUUCUGCAGAAACAAAGGUGACACUUUAGAGCCGUUUUUCUCAAAACUUUGUUUCCGUACCCUGCCUUACAAAAUCGCCCAUAUCUCAAAAACUACUGAAGAUAUCUUCAAAAUUUAAAAAGCACAUUGUUUAGAAAUGAAUUCUGUACAAGAAAAUGCCCAAAAACGGGAUUUUUCAAAAUGCGACAUGUGGUCCCUUUCACCAGGCACACACACAUAUGUUGUGCAAGGCUUUUGAAUGGUAUGUAAAGUUGGAGAGAUGAAUGAAAGCAUUCAUGUGCUGUGACUGUAAAUGUUGAAUUUCCUAUCGGUUGUAGCUGACUGCUGACUCUUGAAUUGUCUGUAUUCCAUUUGCUUCAGGCUGUGUUCUGACUUCUUAAAUAAAUUAAUACAGUGGAGCCCACUUGUAACGAGUACUGAAAUAACGAGAAGUCUGUUAUAAAGACAGUAUUCUAAAAA